AUAUAUAUAGGAUCUCCUAGUAAUCAAAUCAUAACACACAACAAUUGUAUACACCAAGUAUAAUUAUAUAGAGAAAGUGGGACGUUAAGAAUGGGGAAAGGAAGAGCACCAUGCUGUGACAAGAGCAAAGUGAAGAGAGGGCCAUGGAGCCCAAAAGAAGAUCUUACUCUCAUCACUUUUAUUCAGAAACAUGGCCAUCACAAUUGGAGAUCUCUUCCCAAGCUUGCUGGAUUGAUGAGGUGUGGGAAGAGUUGUCGACUGAGAUGGAUAAACUAUCUGAGACCGGACGUGAAGCGAGGGAACUUCAGCAAAGAGGAGGAAGAUGCCAUCAUCCACUUCCAUCAAACCCUUGGAAACAAGUGGUCAAAGAUCGCGUCCUUCUUACCUGGAAGAACCGACAACGAGAUAAAAAACGUGUGGAACACUCAUCUCAAGAAACGACUCUUUCCCAACUCAUCUUCUUAUUCAUCCAUCUCUUGCCCUAAUGAUCGACCCACAGAAGCAGAUCAAAAGAAGAACUAUGCCAUCGUCCAAGAAGAACGAAAUUCUAGGGAUAAUGAGAGCCAAGACCCACCUUCGUCGUCUCAUCUCCACGGCAAACAUAUGCACACAAAGCCAGAGCUUGAUGAGGUUAAUGAACUCCACGAGAUCCAACUCCUUCUCGACCAUGACGACUUUGAUGAUAUAACCUCAGCGUUUCUUCAAACAACCGAAACGUUAUUUCCAGUGCAACCACUAGACUCGCUUCUUCAGACUCCCACCUUAACCGGGUUUCACAAUACAGGCGGAGCGACUCAAGAGGCAACCGAACCACAAUCAUUUGAUCAUUCUCAACCGGAAAUUCCAUGCGGAUUUGAAGAAACAAACGGAGAAUUUGACUUGUGGUCGCAGCCUAGUCCUAAUAGUGAGGAGUUCGACGAGUGGCUCAGCUUUAUGGACAACCAAACUUACUUUGAUGACUUUACUUUGUUCGGAGAAGUAUGCCUAUGAAUAUAUGCACGACCAUAAUGCAUGAUGAGCGUUGUCUUAACUUUUGCAUAUUGCAAAUAUCACCUGUAUUUAUAAACCUAUAUGCAUCAUAUCUUCAACUAUGACAUUAUACGUUGAUGACUUCACUUUGCUAAAUUCAUCAAAAUAACUAAACGUUUCGGUGUAAACCAAACCCUACAGAAGGUGAGGAGAGUUGUGAAGCUUCGAGUUAUAUACAUAUAUGACUCAAAUUGACUUCUAAUCUUUAAUUGAUUUUACGUAUAACUUUAAAAAUAUUAAGAGUAAUUGUUUUGUCCGCACAUGCGAAUAUAAUCUUCUGAGUUAUUUUUGGG